ACCUUCCUAUUCUAGAUGUGUAGUUCGAUCCUCAAGUUUACACAGGAUAAGACAGAGCUGUGUCCGUGUCCUUUUCCAGCCACGUGCCUGGUUCUAGGAGAAAUCUUCCCCGAGUGUAUAAAGACGAAUGCCGUUGUGCAAAAUCAUUCCUCUGUAGAAUUUCUUUGUGCAUUGAUAACCGAGCGUCCCGGCAUAAACAUGAAGUCUCUCAUCGUCUGUUUCGCUGUCUUAGCUGUGGGAUAUGCAGCAACAACACCACCAGCAACUUCCACCCCGACUCAAACAGACGCGGUCACCAUGCCAACAACGUCUUACCCGUACGACUUCACGUGCACGGCGGCAAAUGCCGACUCGUACGUGGAGAUUCAGUGCUGGGGCUACAAGCAAUGCAUCAACGGACAGCCCUACGUGCACCGCUGUACUGGAGGACAGGUUCUGGAGAGGGACACCAUGACCUGUGUCGACUCCGGCAACACCGACUGCAAAGUAGUAAAGGAUUGCACCAAGCGGCCCGAUGGAAUGUAUGCCGACCUGGGUGACAAGUGCCAGAGCUACUACAGAUGUUUCAGGGAGGAAAAUCUGGGACACUUUUACUGUCCCGCCACCUUGGUGUUCAAUGAAGCUCUACAGAUCUGCGACUACAAGAAGAACGUGCCCCUGUGCUCAUCCUAAGCUAAAUAAAAACGUGCUAGACACGAGAUCUUCGCCACAACUGGAGUUUUGUGCGUGUUUGUCAAUUUUGAAAUGGCUUGUCGUAGAUUUAACCAAUGAUUUGUGAUUUGUCUUCAGUUAAAUCAGUCAGUUAUAAUGAUAAUCAACAAUAUAAUCUUAUACAUUUUGCAGUGUUGUUGGUUUUGUAUGUGAGUGAUUAUGCUUUGUUUCUGUUAUUGUUUUAAGGAUUUCUUCCAAAAUACAGACUCCUUUAUGUUCCUUCA